AUGGAGAAACAAGACUCGCACGAUAUCGCUGUGACAUUCAGCAAGUACCGGGAUGUUGAGCGCCCGGACAUCAUCAACGCAAAACUUGUGAGCUCUGAUAAUGAACUGCUUGCACAGAUCGGGUACAAACAGGAAUUGAAGCGUAAGUUUUCCACUUUACAAGUGUUUGGUGUGGCCUUCAGUAUCAUGGGUUUGCUACCAUCCAUUGCCAGUGUCUUAGCUCAAGGUCUGACUGGCGGCACUAUCACUCUCGUUUGGGGGUGGGCAAUCGCAUCCACAUUCGUUCUCCUGAUUGCAAUCAGUAUGGCAGAGCUUGGAAGCAGCUUGCCAACGUCAGGAGGCUUAUUCUACUGGACACAUUUCUAUGCUCCGAAGAAGAUCAGGGUGUUCCUUUCAUAUUUGGUUGGAAACACAAACUCGGUGGCCCUGGUGGGUGCCUUGUGUUCCGUGGACUACGGUUUCGCCGGCGAAGUUCUCGCUGCCGUUUCUAUUUCGAAAGAUGGAAACUUUGAUAUCACCUCCGCCAAAACAUAUGGGGUUUAUGCGGCCUGCGUGAUUUCAAACAUUGGAAUAACAUGCUUUGCCUCCAACUUUGUGUCAAGACUCCAGACUUUUUCCAUUGUGUGCAACCUGGGACUCAUAGCUCUGUUUUUCAUUGCCUUGCCAAUUGGUUGCAAGGUCAAUGGUGUUGGAUUCAAUAAGGGCUCCUUUAUUUUUGCGGAUAACGAACAACUAAGUGGUUGGACUCCAGGAUUUAACUUUGUGAUGAACGGAUUUAUGCCCAGUGUCUGGACUAUUGGUGCGUUCGAUUCGUGUGUCCAUAUGUCUGAGGAGGCCAAGAAUGCAUCCCACGGUGUCCCUAUUGGAAUCAUAGGGUCUGUGUCCGCGUGCUUCGUUCUUGGAUUUUUCAUCUGUAUCGUCAUUGCUGCCUGUAUGGGUCCAGACGUGACGGCUAUUCUGGAUUCCAAAUUUGGGAGCCCAAUCGCCCAGAUUAUAUACAAUGCGAUGGGUAAGAAUUGGGCCAUCGCGUUUAUGUCGCUGAUUGCCUUCUGUCAGUGGCUAAUGGGAGCAUCCAUUCUCACUGCUAUUUCCAGACAAAUUUGGGCUUUCGCCAGAGACGACGGUCUUCCUUUUGCUCCUAUCGUUAAGGUGGUCAAUAGAAGGCUCUCGACCCCUAUCAGAGCCGUGUUCUAUGGUGGAAUCCUAGCCUUAUUACUGGGGUUGCUUUGUCUUAUCGGAACUACCGCAGCCAACGCCUUAUUCUCUUUAUACAUUGCGGGAAAUUACUUUUCAUGGGGUACCCCGAUCUUUCUGAGACUCACAACAGGGAAACACAAGUUCGUGCCAGGAAAAUUCUAUACGGGUGACGUGAUCUCACCAAUAAUAGGCUGGAUAACUUGUGCGUUCAUUGCUUUCAUCAUCGUUUUGGUGAUGUUCCCCGCCGAACCUACAGUUUCCUCAUCAACAAUGAACUAUACGGUUGUCAUAACGCCAGGAUGUAUGAUAAUUGCCACUUUAUACUAUUUGGGUUAUGCAAAGGGAAAGUACCAGGGUCCAAAAAGCAACUUGUCAGAACCUUCAAUUGUUCACGAAGGUGAGAAGAUCAGGGAAGACGAAGAAGUCUAUCUGGUGCAUUCAAUUCAAAGCGUGAAAUCCAGAGCAGAUGAGAGGAACAUAUUGCGGGCAAUCAAAUCUGGCGAACUGGAGCCUGUCAUUUCCUUGACUCAUAGAGUGGAAGAGAAAUCCGACGUUUAA